CAGUACAGCCUCGACACAUACAUGCGGCUGGACGCGGCCGCAUUGCGAGCGCUGCACGUACUCGAGUCCAAGAAUGAUCCGAACAAGAACCCUCUUUGGAUUAAUGAAUCGCACGUCCACUGCUGGGAUGGGCAAGAGGCUACUGAACAGGUGGCUGAAGCAGCCUCUACUUGACGUUGAUGAGAUCAAGCACAGGCAUGACGUCGUCCAGAUGUUUGUAGAAGACUCCGAGCUGCGGGAAAGUUUAAAGAACUGCCUCAAACGUGUGCCGGAUGUUGAGCGCCUGACACGGAAGCUCGAGAGGUCGAGAGCUACGUUGCAAGACCUCGUGAAGCUUUAUCAGGUAAGUGUUCGUCUCUCCGUCGUCAAAGAUGCUCUUGAACGUUAUGAAGGCGAGCUUGCGUCCGCCAUCGAGGAACGGUACGUCGUUCCGUUGAGAGAGUGGACGCUUGCUGAACAUCCCGGAAGAUACGACGCACUGAUCGAAAGCGCAUCGACCUGGAUCAAAUCAAGAAUGGCGAGUACAUCAUUUCGGCAUCAUAUGACAGCAGCUUAAAAACCAUCAAAGCUGACCGUGAUGCUGUGGAGGAAGAGAUCCGUGAAGCUCAUGAACAAGCCGCGAACGAUUUGGAUCUUCCUGCUGAUAAGUCGCUGAAGCUGGACAAAACGAUGGGGGCACGUAUUCAGGAGCACG